AUGUUCCGUAUUUUGCGCAUUGUUCGUAUCUUCAAACUGGCUCGACAUUCCACUGGCCUCCUAUCUCUCGGCUACACUUUCCGGAGAUCCUACAAGGAGCUGGGUCUCCUAAUGACCUUCGUUGCCAUGGGCGUCAUCCUGUUCUCUAGUCUUGUCUACUUUGCUGAGAAGGAGGAAAAUAGUCACAUGUUUCGCAGUAUACCGGCAGCUUUUUGGUGGGCUGCCAUCACCAUGACAACCGUCGGCUACGGUGACGUGUACCCAAAGACAGCGAUCGGUAAAUUGAUUGGCGCUGCCUGCUGUAUCUGUGGGGUCCUCGUGGUGGCCCUUCCCAUCCCCAUCAUUGUUAAUAACUUUGCUGAGUACUAUAAAGAACAGAUGAGACGGGAGAAGGCCCUGAAACGACGAGACGCUCUUGAACGUGCACGGCUCACUGGCAGUAUUGUUUCUCUUGACUCCGAGUUGCUGUCCAACUUUGAGCGCGGACAGGAGACGUCGGUGGAAGAAGAGGUACAGAGAACGGAUCAAUCAAGUGAGUUCACACAGCACCAAAGACAGCAACAGCAGCAGCAGAAGCUCGGAGAUGUUGUCCUUAAAUUGGGAGUUUCAGAGGGGGAGCCAGAGCAAUCGACUUUACUGCGUGGAUGCAGGUCAACUCCGCCGACUGAAAAGGUUAGGAUGAAUAUCCUCGGUGUGUGUGGGCUUCCAUCGGCUGGGGCUGGGAAUCCCCCGACGGAGAAGGAGGGGGAACUGUUGACGCACAAAGGAACAUCCCAACAAGUUGAUGACUGCCACAACAAGGUUAGCUUUCAAUGUUGUAAACCCCGAAGAACAUCUCAAAGGGUAGCGGGCACAUUUUUCUAGCAGUGAAGUUUGAAUCACAUAAAUUUUUUCGAUGUUGUUGACGUUCUUCAAUGACUAUUUAUCAAGGUUCAUAUUUUCAACUACGUUUGCUUUAUCAUCGAAAGGCUAAAUUACAAAAAUAUUUUUUACAGAACGAGUACGGAGAAAAAAAAUUAUAUAUACGGCUUGUAUUAGGGUGCUCGGCAAUAUGCAGGAUAACAGUACAGAGUUUGAGCAGAUACUCAUCGUGUAAGCUGAAUUUAUACGUGCACAUGACUUGUUAACCGUCUGUGAUAUUAGAAGACGCAUCCUUAAUAAUUAAAUAAGCUAAUAGGCCUUCAGGUUUUGAUGGAAAGUUCAGUUACAUUUGAAGUCCCAUUUCAAAUUAAAUUGCAGAAUCAGAUAAAUUUUGCAGCCGCAGGACUAAUGCGGCGUUAUCUAGUAUUAUGUCGUGUCUUAUUUCUCCAACUUCAAGAACAUUGCAAUUGCAAGCAAUCAAUCAAGGAUUUAUUAACCCACAGUAUCAAACCUUGCUAAAAACAGAACACCGGUGACACAAAGUCACUGCCCUAUUAUUAAGUGGACACGUGCUGAUCUUUUCGGUUACUUACGAAACGCUUAGGGGUCACAUCUAAGAGUGUCUUCUUUAUUGUAAAGGUAUUAUGCCAUACUCCCGACAUAGAUCCUAACCAAAAACCCAGACACUUGUUUCGCGGACAUUCUAACGCUGCGUGACACGGCUGCGAGAGGUUCGGCUCCUCAGUGGGUCUCUUAGCGUCCUCUAUGUGGUUUUAGGUAUAUGACCACCAGAGAAUAAUCAAGCGAAUAAUUUCAGAAAUUAUUCAAUACAAGACAUGGAGUUAGGUCUUCGGACAUGACUUUUUGUGUCGGGUCCGAAAGUUCAAGUAACAAUAUAUAUUUAGCACAUACAUUUCAUAUUACUCGUAGUACUACUUGUUUGUAAAAUGGACAUUACGUGGUUAUUCCACAGAAGUUGAUUGUCUUUGACUCGAAUGUUCAUUGAAAUUUCGGGUCUGACAAUAAAAAGCCAUGUCCCGGAGACUUACCUCCAUGUCCUGCACUGAAUAAUUUCUGAAAUUUAUUCGCCUACGUGUUUUCCAUGUUCUUGAUAAAUCAAAUAAGUAAUAAGAAAAUAUGCAUCAUCGCUCCCAAGCAUAGAUAUGUCAUGUCGAAUAAGAAAGCACACUAAAUAUUACUGACUUCAUAUUACAGUGAAGAUGCUUGAUUCUCCUGAUGUAAUGCAAAGCUUUCGUCUGUUGCCGACCAGACUGUGCCUCGUGCAUUGGUGAUGAUUAAGUGACAUUCUCAGGCCGAUAAUUGCAGGAAUAUAUCAUAAUUUUACCUGAGUAGGUGUUCAUUUGUCUCCUCGGGCCUAGUUGGAAACACCCAACCAUGGACAAGUGGGAUUUUCGUCGUCGGGACUGUGGCAAUUGUGUUUCUUAGUCCAGACAGCCUGUCGCAUUUGACAAAACCGGACCCCGAUGGUUAAGGGCAGGCAAAUUCCGAGCUACUUUAUCUUCGCUAAAAAGAGGUCGAGGAUGAAUUUCAUGAUCGUGCAGUCCCUCUCUAAGGACUUUGUCCCAAUCAAAAUCGCAGGGAUGACCUUCAUUUUCAGUUGAAAAAGUAUAUGAUUUGGGCUUUUCACGUUCUGCCAUUGCUUCAGCUCAUUUAACCGCAUCUGCAGACCUUCUGAUUCCCUUCUACACAUAUAAUAAACCAUUUCUCCUAAAAGACAACUAGUAUUCAGGUCAAAUGAUGUUUUCUCAUCACGCAAAUGAAAACCAAAGUGGGCAUCGGUCAGCUAUCCCAGCACUAGGCGGUAGAACGUUGUGUCCAGAUAUAAACAGGGUCGUUGAAGGUUGGAUCGAAUUUAAGCAAAUAGGAUCAAUCAAACAGUCUUACAUGCGGGACUCAAUUCUAGCUUACUGCGAUUAGAAGACUUACGUGGGCGCACGGUCGUUAAGACACCAGGGCUGAGGGCAAAAUUACAAGUUACUGCCCAAAUCAAUUCGACUAAACACAACUGAGAUAUGUUUCAGAGGUCACACAGUGUUUGAGCAGUUUAACAGCUGACACCUCCACUGACCGUUCCUAGGACAUCAGUUCUCCUCUAUACAUUGAUGUGAUGUCAUUAUAAAAAUUUCAUUCCCUUACCAUACCAACCUAUAUGUGAAGAUGAUCCGGACGGAUGAUGAGGUACUGUGUACGGCACUUGGUAAGGCGUUCAAAAACUCACUAAUUUCCUCAAAGUAUUGUGUAGAGUGAGCAGGCUACACUUAGCUCAGAUGUUUUAAUUAUACGCCACACUUGGGCCAGCUGGGUCGUUGGCAAUUUUCAAGUUAUACAGGAGCAUCAUGCUCGUUUACUAGGAAUUGGCAGUAUGGUGUGUCUUAUCAUCAAAAGGAUCACCUGAACCAUUCUGUUUAAUGCUGGUGCGGAUGGCCCCACUUACUGAAAUGAGACAGUCGGUUAUGCCAAAGAUCAGAAAGCGCAAGUGAAGAUGAGAAGCCUUAGUUUUAGCAAAAUAGAGCAACCAACACCGCCAACGCGAUGCACGACUUUACCCUAAAUGGAUCUUGCUAAACAAACAGAGUAGACACAAGGCUUUCGUGGGGUCUCCUGCCAGUUUACUGAAGCUCAUUCCUCUAGGCGUUUUGUAUUGUACAAUGCAGGAACAAGGACCAGGCUACGAAACCGGCAACAGCCAAUGAACACGAAGUGACCAAUUAACACGAACACAGUCAAAUACAAAAUGAAAUGUCCCUUGAUGGUUACGUCUUCAUUGCUUUGUGUUACCAACAGUACCUAAGUCAGUGUGGAUAGCAGCUUUACAGAGGGUUUGACAAAACGACUGAACAAAACCUGUAGAUUCUAUUCAAUUGGCAAAGUGAGGUGUACGUGAGUGGUACAAAACACGUACUAGCUAAAACCCCAGACGGGUGUUUUGUUGGUACUCUGUCGCUGCAUGGCACAGAUGCGAUGGUUCGACUGAUCAGUUUGUGUAUUUAGGUUUUAAACAGACUGAGUUACACCACACUGACAACUAACAUCCAGGAAAUUAUAAAUCUGCAAUUCAAAAACUAGCCAUCAACCAGAAAGCAUAUGAGUAACGAUCGGGAACCAUUGAUGAGCCGCGCCCUACGCAGACGUGUCAUAUAGCGGCGAAAUAUCGGAACAAACAUGUAUGGCAUUGUAGCUAGCACCUGUGCUGUUACGUUUGGUAUAUCAUACGACCCAUGUUUAUAUGACUGGCUUUCUGUCGGCAGUUUGUGGAUAUUUGGCGGUUAUCCCACUGUGCUCGCUGAACGUCGGUCUAAACAUUCAUAUCAAAUUCCAGAAUGAGCUUAUAAAUACGAAAAAGACCAAUUUACUCCAAUCAAGCGAUUCAUUUCUGAAGAGACCAAACAUCCGCAAAGUAAAAUGCAUUCCAUCGAACAUUAAAUUUAUAAUAAAUCUAAUUGCUUAUGCACUGCCCGAUACGGACAAAAAUGCUAGUCCGAGAAAGCAGUCAAGAGAUGGAAGCGGUUGGUGGAGCAGGCACUUGUCAUAGCGAUUGUGCAUACGUCUAUGUCCCUGGAAUAGAAAAUCAGACCUCAUGAAGAAAGUUUUCAACAGGUCGUUAUACAACGGAUUAAUAUAAAACCAAAAACAUUAAAUAAAUACAUUAGUCAAUUUUACCUUGACUUCAAAUAUUACAAGGUUGUUUUUAAAUUUUAAAUUGCUGAUAAUUAGGCUUUUAAAUCCAUUCUUGCUUGAAAUAUUAAAACUUGGUUGGCAUAUUAAAUUAGCUCCUAAAGAUGAUUUUGCUUGCUCGGAAAGUACAGACUAAAUAAUCUGUUCUACAAAUUAACGCAUGACUCAUGUUUCCUCAUAUUUACUACGCAUGUGCUUACAUACCCGGUUGUUUUUGUUUCUUGCAUACCCAGAAACGAAAAUAUGUAUAUAGUAAAGGAAAAUAAAUGGAACAGAACACAUACGGCAUAAUAACAUAAUUGUCCGUUUUUCCAAAUACAAGCUGCAAGUUCAAAGCUGUCUGUGCGUUUAAACUUAGCCAAGGACUUAGCUCUGUACGUAAGGAUGCUUGCCAAAUGCCCAGGAUCUCAUGAGGAUUUUGCUAACUGCUUAUCGAAACUUUUGAAAAUGAUUGCUGUGUUCACGCUUGCAUUCAGAAUGGAUGACAAUCCAUUGUUUUUUUAGCUGUAAUUAUGAGAAAGGAGAAACCGUCAGUUCUAAGGUUAUGCCAGUUAUGAAAAAUCCUCCUUACCGUGGGGAUCUUAUUCGAAAGCUACUCACUGCAUACCCAAAAUUUAUUUUGCAAUACCAUAGUAGAAAUCAAUAGUUCGAACGACCUUAUCGACGACGUUCAGCAUGUGUCUUGCAGAAGUUGAUUUUUCCAGGCAACUUGGUAAGGUAGAUAAUCGUUCAAAAGAAAUCGUGCUUAAAGAUGUCUACCAAUAUUUUACAUCAUGCCUUGUACGAGGUUGGUUUCAGCUCGUAGUACCAUUUGUGACAUUCUAGAGCGAUAACCGAAUUUAAUCGAAGUAUUACAGUGUAAAUAUGUGCACUGUGACUCGCCCAUAAAUAACAGCCCUAUCGACCGAAAAAAGGAUUAUUUAGGGGAUCGGAACUUGGAGCUGUUUCCGUCAAAAUCCGCGGGUGGGAGUUCAGUCAGGUGACAUGACAGGCAAUGCCGUUUGCACGUCUUCUGACUGUAAUAGACCAACAACAUCUGGUUAAUUACUUCUGCAUUUUCGUUGUAUUUGUGAGCAGGCGUCAGUGCUUAAAAAGUUAGUUGAUUCAUGAAUGUUUUUUAAGAAAAUCAAAUGUCUACAAGUAAAUACUUGCUAUCGAACAUUUCUGGGCUACCGUGCGUCACAUAAACAUUCCUGUGCAGAGUGCGUUGCUUCGGUUGAGGAGGUACUUUUACCUAUUUAUGACCAUAAGUUAUCUAAAAAUAUACUCUCCUCUACUCUCCAAAAAGCCCUAGUAAGAGUGAAAUGGCCGUUUUUGUGCAGACCUGUCGCUUUCGUUCUACCACAUUUGACCCCUCAUCGACCAGAACAGUACACGAUUGGCCCAGACUGUGCAGGCUAGACAUGUAUUGAAAGGGUUUGCCGUGUCCCCUGGGGGUGAGGUGGGAUAUAUGAAAUUAAAAAACCGCCAUACCAUUUACUCACAGCUGCGCAACGCAAAUGUUUCAAAAUUUAAACAUAAACAGUUAGUUUACAUUGUGUGUUGAACCUCUGCAGCAAGUUUAUUGCACAAGUUAUGGGUGCACCAAUAGGGUUGCGGUUCUCCUAUUCUCUCCUCCUCACCACUUACGAUUCUUCCGAUUUCUUUUUGGUUGUUUAAGAAAAAGCAGAAGUGUUCUUUACUCAAGUCCUAUCUCCCUAAAUGAGGUUUUCUGGGUAAUAACAAGCUUCUAAAAGUACACUUUUCACAUUUAUAUACAAAGGCAAGUCCCAAAAUUAGCAGUUCUUCUCAAGAAAUUAUUCACAACGUAAACUCAACGAAACUGGCAGAUGGAAAACGUUUUGAAUAUUCACAGAAGGGACUGAGUACUCUUGAUACCGCUCUAAUUAGUCAUCGCUUCCACCUACACCUGCCUAACAUGUGAUUCUUCCCAUUACUCGGCGUCUUAAUCUAAAUGCCGGUAUACUCAGAGGGAAUCCCCUCCUCAGGGACUUCGGUAAAGAUUCUGAACGAGAGCCCGCGAGAUAAAAGCACAGCACUUAAGCAAAAGUCUGCUGGACGCCAUACGACUGAAAAAGAGAGGGAUGAAUAGAAUAGCAUGCCGGCAAUGAAGCCUAAUAAAACAUCCUGCGGAAGAGUCAUCCAACUAGCAUUUUUAAAAGUUAAUCGAGUCUUCCUUCGCGUCGAAUGUUAACUUCCCUCAAAGGCAUGCUGACUGCUCCCACCCUCAGGGCGAUAUUCAAUAACACAAAUAAACAGGCAUUUCAGUCCCCUUUAGACAGGAGGAGAAAGAAAAAAUUGUUUGUUUCUCACAUUAAGGUAGAGCAGUAUGCACAGUGAUGGAAAGAUUAGCUGACGAAAUCGACAUUGAUAACUUCAGUUAUCAUUGAUAUAUAAUAAAAAGAAUAAUUGUAAAUUAUGGACAUCUUUAAAAGUACUCUUCCAGUCAGAUAAAACCAACUUAAUAUUUUUUGAAAUACGUUAUCUUCAUUUGAUCCUAUUAAAUGUGAGAUUUUUCUCGCGCGGAGAAACGUUACACACGCUUCUAGUGAUUCUCUAGGCCAUUUUUCGCAGUUUAUAGAAGACCUACUGACUAAAGUUUUUCUCAGUUAUUCCUGUAUAAAAGGAGUAUUGAAAUUCGGAGAUAUAAAGGUGCAAAACUGUAUUUAAAUCUCUGAUCGCUUGUUAAAUGUCGGGUAUGCUGGUCGUGUCGAUGAGCGACGACGGAUGAUCUGAUUUAAAAGCCGCGCCAAAAGUUCUGCUAUGGUGGAAAAAAGCGCACAUUUUGUACCCGAAAUAAGAAUUAUUGGGCACUGACGUAGAUAUUGUGACCAUUGUCCAGAAUUGAUUCCGGGGACGCUUUUCAACAGUUAUUUAAUUUCUCCGCAAUGGGCAUGUAAGCAAACAACAAGAACCGCUGUUGCAUUUUGUCUCAUCUUUAUUUACGAACCUUAAAAGUAUUCACAUCAAACGUACUUCAUUUUUAACAAACUGUUAUUUCGUUUUUCGGAGAUCUGAAGAGAUAGACUAAAUUUUGACAGUGAUUAGGCUGACUUUGGGCAAGAAGGAUGAAGCGGCUUCAGUUAGAAAAAUAGACACCUGUAAGGGGUAUGACCACGUGACACAGACACCAUUAGAAAAAAAGUAGAAGAGAUCCGUCGUCAUCUGUUGUGGCAUUGAGUAGCCCAUGCAUCAUUCGGCUGCCUAAUCGACAGUUCGACCGUCGGUAUCGACGAUAUCCACCGUGUACUCGGCUGAAAGGUGAAGUAGACAUGGCUUACAGACCUUUUGACCCCACUGUCUAAUCAAGCGUUUGGUGCUAGGGUUUGGCGCAAUGUGGAUGGAGCAGGAACAGCGCAUCCACAUGUGCCAAGCACCACCUGAUCACUUUAUUUUCUAAGAAACAAAUUCGAAGACAAAAAAAGAAGAAGUAUCCCAUCUGCGUGGGAGGUGUUUGCACCUCGAUACAGUGAUUGGCGCAGAUCUCAGCAAGGAGAGAGCGCCGUGAGGCCCAUUGCAACCUGACUUCCAGUCCGCUAUUCAAUUCACGGGGUCGUUAUUUCGUCGGUUGGCGACCAUUUAAGUUACGACAUUUAGCACGUUGUCGCAAGUCCAAGCGCGUCAAAUUUAUUAUAGCGAGGAAUGAACUGAUAUGACAUGAGAAUGUACAGUAGGUGGGCUAACUCAUGAAAUUUCAAGCGAAAUUCCGAAAAGCAUUUUCGUUUCAAAAAGAAUAAUUAAAUAGUGUUGUAAAACUACUCAUCGUGCAGCAUAAUUCUAUAAAAAUCCAGUUACCUCAAGUUGCCAGCUUUCAAACGAACUUCUCGGCCGCAUGAAGUAACUACACUUUAUAAAAAAUGACUACUUACUAACAUGAAUUUUUCCAAGUUAUUUACGAUGCCCUUAAAUUUCCAAUUAUAUUUCAUGGAAACCAUGCAUAAAAGUAUUAACCCGUUUACUCAUUCUGCAGAAAAUUACGUCUUAUUCCAAUUUUAUGCUCGAAGGAGGGACAUAAUUCGUCUAAAAUGUUUCUAAUUUUGGGACUUUUAAAAACCGUGAAAUCGCCGUUCAUAAAUCGUCAUGUCUUUGCAUUUACCAAUGUUGCUUGUAAAGUAAACAAUAUGGACCAAAUCCACCGCUAAAGGUUAUGAACCCUACAUGGUUCUCCCUUAUUACCGUAGAGAAAUGUGUGGUUUUCCGUACGCGGAAAAUAUAAGACUUUUAGUUUGGAAACCCUGAAUCCAAGUGUAACGGCAGAGAGGGCCCCAAGUUAUUAAGGAAUUGAAGACGUUUUUGAAAACCGAAUUAUACCCUUACUUCGAGUAUAACAUCGAAAGAUGACGUGAGUUUCUACCGAAUGAGUAAAAGAAUGAAUAUUUUCAUGCGUGUUUUCCAUGAAAUAUAAUUAGGAUCAUGGUCUAAUAGUUUUGUUUCAGUAGUUGAGUAGUUUUAGUAGUUUAGUUUUUACAUGCAGUCGGAAGGGAGUUCAUUCGAAAGCCGACACCCUGAGGUAACUAGAUCAUUGUAGAAUUAUGCUGCAUGGUGAUAAGUUGUAUAACAUACUUAGUUAAUCUUUUUGAAACGAGAAGACAUUUCGGAAUUUCGGUUGACAUUUCAUGAGUUAGCCCACCUAUUGUAUGACACAGUGUCGAACACGUUCUAUGUUCCCUUUCAUAUGCACCAAUCAACUGUCCAUGGACAUCAGCCACCUGGUGUUGAAAUUGUGUGCAAUGACUGGCAGACAAAACAGCCCACCUACGAGUACUACACACGAUCCGAUCACUUUAUUAUUUGGGAUACAAAAAAAUGUGCCACAAGAUGUGAAUGAGCAGGCAAUGCUGGCGGUUGUGAAGUGCGUCUAGUGGUUCUAGUGCGUCGUCAUUGACGUUGUCGGUCGUCGUUCCACAGCAGAGGGAGGGCAGGCAUAGUGACUUUGGCUUCUUAGUUUAAAUUUCUAGCAGACUUGCACUGUAUCUGUUGCACCCUCCCCUCCCCCUACCUGUAUCCGGUGUCAAGAAGACCGGAGCCGGAGGAGGGCGCAGGUGGUUGGCAUAGCGCAAACCCGCAUCAAGGUGUACCAUCACAUCCCCGGUCCACAACUUAUAGUGACCUUAAUUGAAAGGGAACAGCUCGGAUCCCACGGAAUAGGAGCGCCAUUGAGGCCGCAUCAAGGCAUUAUUGCAGCCUGACCCUCAGUCUAAUAGUCGGCCACUCCACAUAACCGCACACCGGGCUGCCUGCGAGAUCCAAGUUAUCCCGUCAGUUGGCAACCUUCAAAGCCACGGAUUUUAACGCGCCUUGGUAGUUUCAUACACUUCAGACUGUUAGUAAUGUGGAGACUGCGCGGAGUCGUCGACCUCACUUUCCCUUUCCAUUCCCAGGUCGUGACCGAUGUCCGAAGCGGUCAGUCGGCUGGUGUGGAGAAAAGGCUCAGUGACUGACGAAGCUGGGGAGCUCGUCUGCGUGCGUUGCAUGCACGAACUGCCCUCCCCAAACGCACACACCGGGAAUGAAAAUAUAAGGGGAGUAGAACGCUACGAUCUCACAUGCAGCAGAUGAGUCACACGCAAAAAGAAACCGAAAAGCACACUAUCCACUUACGUGUGAAGUGCCAUUAUUGUGUGUGGACGGGUGUGUGUGUGGAUUUUGGACGGGUGCAUGUGCGAUGCAUGUGUUGAAGGGUGAAUAUGUAGUGAUGUGGUCGUGGUUUACCGUGGCUUUUUAUAAAUGCACAUGAGACCUCGUAGGCCAAUGCGGUGGCUGAAUUUAUGAAGGCAAUACGGGAAGUUGGAGGCGAUUGCGUCAGAUAAAUGUUGGGGCUAUCUUUUCUUAUUGCCAGGCCCAAACCUCUGCCGGGGCCGCUCAGCUGUCUGGUGCGGGGAGUGAGCGCAGUUGCUGACUUUGUUUUCGCGUGCUAAAUACACGACCUUGAUCACAAAACACAGACACAAGAAUUUCAUACAAAAGAAGGCGGACGGUAUGAAUUUCACAUACACAAGAGUUUCCGAGGUCACAUGCGAAGGGGAUAAUUGCACUAUGACGCGUAGAAGCACACACUUGGCUGACUGCGAGGUCUGAAUUCCACCAUCGGUUGGUUUAGGGGGUAUUUUAUUUUAUCAUGGCGACACUUCGGUGAACUCGCUUGUUAUUGGAAACGCUAGUGGUCCAGUAGACUUGAAUGGUGGCUGAAUGCCAGAGAUGAAGUGUGUGUGACGGGUGUAGGAUGAGACCGAAAGUACUGGUUCGAUGGUCUCUAUGCGAUGAACUCGCAAGUGACCUGUCAGGCCCGUGCGUAGUGCGAAAGUGUGAUUUCAAUAAUUUCAGGGCGUAAACGAGUCCACAUUGCUGAUGGCAGGAAGGUGGCGAUUAUGUUUUAUACGUCGAUAAGAAUUUCCGAAGUGGUGUUGCUAGUGAUGCUGUGUUGUAAAUUGAAAGGCAGGAUGGUUGUCUUGAUAUUUCCGUGAAAAUUCAGUGAUGUCCGUUUGUUUCAUAGCCACGUAUUCAGAUAUGUGUUUCCGCCACAUUUCUGCUGCCGCUUUGAGAUUUUCGACCGUUUGUGGAUUCUUUAACCUCGUUAUCGUGUUUUCUGGCGUGCACGAUACAUAGAAACUUUUAUGCAAAGUUGGUAGUUUCGCAAGUUAUUGGAGAAAUGCCUUGUACAUUACACUAUUGGUCAGGUUGAAAAUCGUAAUGUGAACUUACAGUAGGUGGGCUAACUCAUGAAAUGUCAGCCGAAAUUCUGAAAUGCCCUUUCGUUUUGAAAAGCCUAGUUAGGUAUAGCUGUAAAACUAAUCAUCUAGCAGCAUAAUUUUAUAAUAAUUCAUCUACCUCAGGAUGUCGGCUUUCAAAUGGACUUUUUUCGGCUGCACGCAAAAUCCACUCUUUGUAAAAAAAUGACUACUCAAGUAAGAUGCAUUUUUUUCCUUAAUUUUCGACGCCCCUAAAAAUUCAAUUAUAUUUCAUAGAAAGCAUGCAUUAUGCUAUUCAUUUUCUGCUUUUUCGGUGGAAAAUUACGUCUUCUUCCAAAUCUAUACUGUUAGGAAGGGUAUAAUUCGGUUUUAAAAAAGUUUCUAAUUGUGAGAUUUUUUAAGACCGUGAAAUGGCUGUUCAUAAGACGUCAUGCAUUUGCAUUUACCAAUGUGGCUUGCAAGGUCAACAAUAUGGCUCAAAUCCACUGCAAAAUUGUCUGAUCCCCAUAUAGGCCUCUCUUCAUAUUGUAGAGAUAAGAAUUGUUUUUCGCACACGGAAAAAUACGGCCUGUAGUUUGGAAAUCUUGAAUGCAAGCGUACCGUCAGGUUUGGUUCAUAAAUAUUUGGAGAUUAGACACGUUUUUGAAAACCGAAUUAUGUCCAUCAUUCUAGCCUAAAAUUGGAAUAAAACGUAAUUUCCCACCAAAUAAGCAAAAGAAUGAAUAUUUUUAUGUAUAUAAUUGAAUUUGUAAGGGCAUUGAAAAUCAAUGAGAAAAAUGCAUGCUACUUAAGUAGCCAUAUUUACGGGUUAUAGUUUCUCCAUUCGGACGGAAAGAAGUUUGUUCAAAAGCUGGAAUCCUUAGAUAAGCGAAUUAUAAUUGAAUUUUGCUGUGCAUUGAUAAGUUUUACAACCCUACUUAAUUAAUCUGUUCGAAAUUAAAACGUAUUUCGGAAUUUCGGUUGACAUUUCAUGAGUUACCCCACCUACUGAAUAUGAAUACAACCCAUUUCUACGGGCCCUUCUUACUAGCAAAUAGAACUAAAAGUAUUUGACCAGGGCUCUAGCAUAUUUUUAAGCAGGCCUAUCUAACAGCAUAUACUCGUCUUUCGCUAACACGUAGCCCUUGUUUGAUGGCCCAGCUAAUGAGGAAAUCAGGUCCACAGUUUGCCCCACAGUGUCUCUUUUAUGGUUUACCCGCAUUUCCGUUCUUUUCAGUCGUUGACGUUCUACCUUCGUUAGUAUUGCCUAAAAAUAAAGUAAGCUUACAUAAGGUAGACUCUUUUAAACUCACGUCAGUUAUCGAGGAAUUUGUUAGGCCAAGUCUAUCGGUUGCAGAGCAUUAACUGUGUAACGUAUGUAGGCUGCCGAAGCUCAGUCACUAAACGUUAAAGGCAACUUGAAAUGCAUGCAGCACAGUUGUGAAUUCAGAAUCCGACUAUGGCCAUAGAGAAAUGUCUGAUACAGUUAAGUUAAAAGUGCCUUCUUUUCAUUAGAAAAUCAGGCUAGAUCAUAGUUGGUAGCCAAGAAUGGAUAAGCGGACGGUGACAUUAACCCUAACCCUAACCUCAACCUUAAACGUCAUCCGUUAACCUAACCGUAAUACGGAAACCUAAUUGCACGCUCAAACCUUAACCGUAACCCGAAAGCCUAAGCCUUAAGACAUACAAUGAGUGACCUAUCUCAUGAAAUGUUGGCUGAAAUUCUGAAAUGCGUUCACGAUUAGGAAGGAUUACUUGGUCGCGGUUGUAAAACUGAUUAUCUUAAGACAUACUCUUAUAACAUUUCAGACUUGGCAGGAUGUCGGCUUUUAAAUACACUUCUUUUCAAUCUCCGUUAGAAAGCGUGCUCGGCAAAAAAAUGACUAAUUAAGUAGCAUGCACUUUUCUCAUUAAUUUUCUGCGGUCUUGGAAAUUCAAAUAUAUUUUAUAGAAACCAUAAACAAAAAUAUGCUUUCUUUUAGUCAAUCAAUAGAGAAUCAUGUCUUCUUUACAUAUUAUGCUUAAAGAAGGAGUUUAAUAAGGUUUAAAAAAGUUUCCUAAUUGCCGAAUAAUUUGGAGCCUGAUCAUUUGUUACAUUAGCGCUUAGUGAUUUCACUCUACAAGGUGCAUGUGUUCCGCGUAGAGAAAAUCACAUAUUUUUCUAUGGCAUUAAAGAGAUACCAUACAGAGUCCAUAAAAUUUUGCAAUGGAUGCGGACCAUGUUGCACAUUUCAUGAGGAGCGGUGGUAAACAACCAGGUACGAUGCUAUGUGAAUGAUCAUUUCGCGGUCUUAAAAAGUCUCAUAAUAAAAAACUUUUUUAAAACCUAAUUAUACUUCUUCCUUAAGUAUAAAAUAUAAAGAAGACAUGAUUCUCUACUGAGUGACUAAAAGAAACAUAUUUUUGUUUAUGUUUUCUAUAAAAUAUAUUUGAAUUUCCAAGACCACCGAAAAUUAAUGAGAAAAGUGCAUGCUACAUAAAGAGUCAUGUUUUGCCCAGCAAGCUUUUUGCCGGAGAUUGAAAAGAAGUGCAUUUAAAAGCCGACAUCCUGUCAAGUCCGAAAUGUUAUAAGAGUAUGUCUUAAGAUAAUCAGUAUUACAACCGCGACCAAGCAAUCCUUCCUAACCGAAAACGCAUUUCAGAAUUUCAGCCAACAUUUCAUGAGAUAGGUCACUCACUGUAGCCCUAACCCGAAAAUCGGAAACCAUUAACCGGUACCCUAAUCUUAACCUCAUACUUAAAACGGUUGCCAAAUGGAUCAGAUAAGAUUAUGGAGCCUCACAAGAUAGCCCCAGUAAACAAACACUCCCGCCACCUGUAAUACGGUUCCUGGCUACCAACUGCGAUCUAGCCGAGAAUUGGUUUCAACUUGGUCAUGCCAAGUCGGUCAGUUGACUUUGCAAAUUAACAAAGGUGGUAAAAUGAAUUUUUGGCUGGUACAGUUUACUCUGUCUGGCCAUUCAGCAGCGACACAAGAAUUUUUUAACUAAACGAUAGAUAACUAGGCGACAAAUUUAUCCAACGACGGAGGUCCGGAUGACCUCGAGAGAUUAAAGUAAACCAUCAAAAAUAAAACAAAGUUUCCCGAUUUUUUCUGAGCUAAAUUACUGCCUAAUGUGAUAUCCCACCUUGUACAGAUUACAUAUACUUACAAUAAAGCAUUCAAAAGCAGAUACAAUACUCGACUGUUCGAUUGGCCCAAAGGUCCUCUGUAUUAUUACUUGCGAUGUUUUGGGGGGAGUGCGUUCGAAGCCACCAAAUUUAAUGCCCUAGUGGUUGGUUGUUAUUUGGCAGCCUUUGGGGGGUGAUUUGGUGGCAUAUCCAAUCGCCAUAUGCUUUCGAUGAGGUUUUAGAUUUAUAGCGGUGAUAUAUUCACUGCACCCUUAUGCAGCAUCCACUAUUUGAUGACUUCCGAUUGAUGGUAGUGAUAAAAUGACGGACCAGGGAAGAUUGAGCUCACGACUUGAAAUAAAAAACUUUGAAGUUCUGGUAUUCUUUUGCAUACACAACAGCUCUUAAAUCGGGUUUUAGUUAUUACGCCUAUUCUUAAAUAUGCUGACCCUCGAUCCCGGCAUCAGUCUGGCGAUUUUCAGGCGGGGCCUUUUAAAUUAUUAUUAGGAAACCUGGGAUCCGAUUAAUUAAUAAGUGAAAUUUUUGGAGGUCAGAACCGUGUGUCGUACGGGACAACUUCAUCGGAAUCAAGAAGAGUUUUCUUUCAUCAAUUCAGUGGGACCGUCUAGCCCUCAGAAAAUAGUAAUUAAAUUUACAAUACCCAGGACAUUAACAACCGAAAGGUUUACUCUGACAUGAGUUUAAAUGUCGUCCGCUAGGACUGGGUUUUAACUUACUCUGUGAUAUGGACGUCGAAUUAUUAUCGCGCCCAUCUUCGCAGCAAUUUUCGGAUCUACCAACUUGUCUCACUGAGUGUUGCAUAACAAGUGAUGCCCAGAUUUGACCUCAAGGAACACUGUUUUUCGAGUUCAAAAGCGCUCGCAGCAAUACACAAAAAAUUACGUAUUUAAGAUAAGCCGGUCUGUGCCCUUCAAGCGGUUUUAUUGCUGGCUUUUCAAAAAAUUGACCGAUAUAAUUCCUUCACCGUUUUUUUGCAUGAAUCUUUGUAAGAUGAACGUCCAAAUUCCUUAGUUGAGCAAAUUCUCAUUUGGGAAUUAAAAAAGACGAUUUUGCGAGAUUGACUCUGCCUUCACUUAAUCCCCCUAGGAUUUAUAUAUUUAUGUUGCUACUAUACAGUAUCUUACAGUUAUUUCAGUGACAGUUGAAACUUGCGAGUCUGAGUAGAAUCUAUCUAAUUCAGGGCAUACUUGUCAGAAUUUGUCUUUGAUUUUGUCAUUUCUUUUAAACUGAUGCUUGUUUGGGUAACGGAGUGCUCAACAUUUUGAAACUUGGUACAACAAUGUUUUCCACUCAUGUUGAGCUCUAGUGCCUGUUAUUGCACACGAAGGGAUAAGAGACACAUGGAGUAGUGUAGUUGGUUUCUUAAGCACAGAGGGAGUGGGCUUACAGGUAGAGGAAGAGCACGUAUUCCCUUGCAGCUCUCUUGUGCCACUUAACUCAAAUCGAAUUCUGCAGGGCCAAACCAUCUCUAAUGACCGCGUCAAAUUUGUGAAUGAAGUUUCCAGCCAUGCUCUUUGUUUGAAACUUUGUUCUUCUGUUACCUACCUGACGGGGGUCUCAGUUCAUUUUCAACGGCAAAGAAGGGAAUUCUUUGAAUUUCGACGCCUGUUUUCCAAGAAGCCUAUUUCUCAGCCUGCGCGCCGAGUUAUUCACGUAAACAUCCUUUGUCUAGAAUUUUUAUUAUUGGAAGGCGUUUAUGUUCACCCUUAGGGGCAGUGCUCACAGAAUAUGCGGAUCAGUCGUAGUCAGCAUCACGAAGAUUGAAAAUCACGAUCAAUCGCAAAAAAGGACACAAGAUACACAAUUGAUCAAAAAGAUAUCCCUUUUUUGAAAGACAACAUAAGGUGAAAAAGGGAGGUAAUUAUUCCCAACUUAUUGAUGAUAAUUACAGUGCGCGACCGAUCUCAUGAAAUGUUGGCUGAAAUUCUGAAAUGCGUUCUCGAUUAGGAAGGAUUACUUAGGUGGGGUUGUAAUACUGAUCAUUACGAGGCGAAAUCCUAUUGUGCAGCAUAAACCUGAAGCAUUUCGGACGCAAUGGGAUGUCGGCUUUUAGAUGCACACCUUGUUCACUUUCUAAAAAAAACACGCUUUUUAAAAAAUGACUACUUAAGUAUCAUGUAUUAUUCUAUUGAUUUAAAAUGGUCUUGUAAAUUCAAACAUAUUUUAUAGAAAACAUGCGUAAAAAUAUGAUGUCGUUUACUCCUUUGGUAGAAAAUCGCACUUACCCGAUAGUUGAUACCCGAAGAAGGUGUACAGUUAGGUUUUCAAGAAGUUUUUACUUAAGAGAUUUUUAAGACCGUGCGAUGUCCAUGCAUACAGGACCGCACAUGUCCGUUUAUUAAUGUUCCUAGUGUAAUGCACCACGCAGCCCGGACGCAUUGCGAAAUUUCGGGAACUCUCUGUGGUACGUUUUCUAAGGCAUAAAGAAAUAUAUAAUUUUCCUUACGCUGAAAGCGUGCACCUUGUAGACUGAAAUCGCCGAAAGUCAAUGCAAUGGCAGAUCAGGCUCAAAAUUUUUCGGGAAUCGAAAAAAUUUUAAAGCCUAAAAGUACACUUUUUUCGGAUAUAAAAUAUCAAGAAAUGUUGUUUUCUACCAAAAGAGUAAAAGAAAGCAUAUUUUGUGCAUGUUUUCUUCAAAAUAUAUUUUUGAAUUUACAAGAUCAUUGAAAAUCAAUAGAAAAAAUGCAAGCUACUUGAGUAAUCUUUUUUUUUACCGAAUGUGAUUUCUGCAGAGGGAGCAAAAAGAAACUAAAUUAAAAGCCGACAUCCUGGCAAGUCUGAAAUACUAUAAGGGCUUGCCUCACGAUGAUCGAUAUCGCAACCCCACUUAAGUGAUCCCUCCUAAUCGAAAACGCAUUUCAAAAUUUCACCCAACAUUUCAUGAGAUCGGUCACACACAGUGCGCUGGAGAAAAUGACGUAUUUCGGGCCAUAUCUACCCCAAUUUCGAUCGAACUUUGUCAAAAGGGAAGUGGAAGGAGCGGUUCAAACUUUACUGCUGACGGUUGUUUAAGAUAUUUCGGCAGAGUUUAUAAAUCCUGACAACGUCAGUUACACAAUUUGGCCAAAAUGAAAAAUCAAUUCGAAAGUAGUGUUAAAUUAUACAAUUGGACAUUUAGGUGAGUGCAAAUCUUAGUGUAUAUUUCGUUAGUCAUAAAGGCGUUUCUGUAAAUGAGGAAUCAGUGAAUGGUUUAAACGUACGAUACUUUCCGACAGCAGUUUCAAUUGUGUGAACAGGGUUGGGAAAGACACGAGGCACAAGUUCAAAUUGUAUAGAAUUUUUCCGGUCAAAAUGUGGGUCUCCUACUGGGCGCAGACGGUCUGGCCAUUCUCUAGAUUUCUAAAAACAUCGUUCCUUAAUCCAGACGUCUUCAAAUCUCGAAUAAUUUUGAACCCUACUUGGCGUUACAUUUGCAUUCAGGGUUUCCAAAAUACAAACCCUAUAUUUUUGUGCGUACGGAAAGCAAUACAUUUCUUUACAGUAUUAAGAGGAAAUUUUGUAGGCUUCAUAAAAUUAGCAAUGGAUUUGAGCAUGAUUGUAAACUUUGCAAUCUUAGUUAAUGUAGAGACACGAUGCAUUCUGAACAAGCAUUUCACGGUAUUAAAAAAUCUCGCAGUUGGAAGCUUUUUUAAAAAUCGAAUUAUACCCUUCCUUUGAGUACAAAAUUGGAAGAAGGCGUAGUUUUCUACCGAAUGAGCAAGAGAGUGAAUACUUUUUUAUUGACGUUUUCCAUAAAAUAUAAUUGCAUUUUGUAGGGCAUCUAGAAUCAAUGAGAAAAAUGCAUGCUACACACGUAGUCAUUUUUUUACAGAGUAUCGUUUCUGCAUGUAGCCGAAAGGAAGUUUGAUCGAAAGCUGGCACCCUGUGGUAGCUGAAAUAUUGUAGAAGAAUGCUUCAUGAAGAUCAGUUUUGCAAUCAUAACUAAAUAGUCUUUUAGAAACGAAAACGAAUUUCGGAAUUUCGGCAGGCAUUUCAUGAGUUAGCCCACCUACUGUAAGCUGUCUCGGAUAUUUUGUGAGGGAACCGGUCAGAUCAUUGAAGAAGGUGUUUUUUGCCCCGAAUAUCAGAUUAAACAGAGAUAACUUUUUGGCGUCAGAAUAAAUACAGAAGCAGGCUCUCUUAAGUUGACAAUGAAACGUGAAGAUGAGCCGGUCUAGAGGUAGCUUAAAUCCACUGCUAUCUAUCUUCGCACGGGGCUACCCAUUAUUUCCCACGACCGUUACGUAGAUUCGUUUAGGACGGAGAGGUUGAUUUUAGAUCCUAGCGAGGGGCAUCUUCGGAAUCUGGAGCAUAAGCCGGAGCACCAAGAGGUUAUAGACAGAAGGAAACGUUUGAGAAGUUGAUUCGGCAUUGCAGAAGCAUUAAGCAUGGAUAGUGAAACGGCACACUGAGAAAGCCAAAGACCGCAAGAGAGUAGAAUUGUGAUCGGCAGCGUUGGGUUUAAACGAGGUGUUUCAGUGUUCAUUUGAACAAGGGGGUGGACUGCACAGUUAUUUGACGCCUGUUAGGCGAACGCUUACGCAGCCGCCUUCACUGUUCCCCGAUCCCAUCUUCAAGCAGCAUAGCUUAGGCUUCACUCAACUUGCUAUGGCAGAAGAAGGAGAUUGCGCCGACUGUAGCAAAAUCUUUUAUUAUUGCGAAUUAAUACAGCUAUUUUUUUUAAAAGCUGCCAACUGAUAGAUCCACUCAGCCCAUUUUGAAGUGUUUGUCGGUCUGCGAAUGUUCCUUUAUCAUGCAUUUCUGACUGAUUGACACGAAGUAUUGUGUCACAUGGACUGCUUACCUAGAACUCACUGACUAUUGCCGCAAUUACUCAUAAAAGGCGGAGAAGGCCGUUAAGGCGCCGACUUGUUUUUUUCUACUAAACUUGAAGUAUUUUGAACUAUUUUAGCAGAUUAAAUUGGUGGCUUUGAGGAGUAGCCACUAACUGGAUAGCUGGGUCGAUAAUCGUAGUGCCAAACAAGCCGGAAGGACUCUUUUUUUAACUAUUCGUAAAGUCAUGCUCACGACGAUGAAGGAUCUGAUUUACAGUUGCGAAAAUUCCCAUAGCAAUAAUUCGAAGACGAGGUGGCAAGCAUACGCAGCUUUUGAUAAAUUCUCCUCGGGCCAAUCCAAUUACAUGGGGAAUCGAAUAAAUUUCGCCCUUAAACACAGACAGGGUGUGGGAAUGUGUGGGAGGGGGGGGGUAAUAGCAGUCACUGUCAGGGACGGGGUGAGAACCGAAGAGCGUUGCAUCGUAGUCGACCUUCGACCACUAUGGGCGCGGAGCCUGAACGUGGUUCUUCUGUGCGCAUAAGAUUGGCUUUCGUAACCUAAUGGCGGCCGCUUCUGCUAUCACUAGCAGGCGCUGGCCUAGUACCUUAGAGUAGCGCGACGUGACCUUAUAAGUCACACGGAAAGCUUCGUUAGGGUACCCGUUUUCGCGUGAAUUCGAAGGUAUCUCGAUAGUUGCGUUGUGCGGUAGGGGCUUGAGUUUCUCUGCUGGCCACUUUGCUAUCCGAAGAUACGGAGAUUUUCGCUUGUCCCGACAGGUUUAUUGCAAAGAACGUUCCCGAACGACCGGUAAAACUCGCUGCAUUGACAGCUUAAAAUAAAACUUUAUUCCUCAAAGUCCUUUCCGAAGGGGACGCUGAAAGUGAACUCCUAAGGAGACGCCUUGAUCAAGAUGUCUGGCGAACCUUCCCUGUGCCAAGGGUUCAAAUACCAUUUUCGGUUAGAUCGCAGUUGGUAGCCAGGCCCCGUAUUACAGAUGGCGGAGGGGUUUGUUUACUGGAGCUAUUUUGUGGGGCUCCAUAAUCACACCUGGUCCAUUUGGCCUCCGUUGUACGUUUGAAGUUAAGACUAGGGUACCGGUUAAUGGUUUCCGAUUUUCGGGUUAGGGUUAUGCCUUUAGGCUUAUGUUUUCGGGCUACGGUUAGGGUUUGAGCGUACGAUUAGGUUUCAGUAUUACGGUUAGGCUUUUCAGUUACGGCUAUGCCUAAGGGCUACGCGUACGUUUACGAUUUCGGUUAGGGUUAGGCUUGCCGGUAGUGUUAGCGAUUAAGGUUUAAGGUUGAGGUUAGGACUAGGGUUAAGGUAAGAGUAGGGUUAAGGUCGCCGUCAGCUUUCCCAUUUCUGGCUACCAACUGCGAUCUAGCCUAAUUUUCUACUAACUCUAUUUUACGCAGAGCAGGUAAGGCUAAGCUGUCACCCCGGACCACCUCCAUUUGCACCACACGAUGUCCGGAAUCGACAAAAUGUGCGAGAAUGGCGCUGCUUAUGAUCCUAGUUUCGCCUUCUCCCAGCCAUGCUGGGAGAUGCUCCUGUAUUUUCCUGUAUAAGCGCCCACUCGUGUGACCGAUAUAACCUACUUAGCAGAAGCAAGUGAAUGAAUAGAUACACACUGAGGUGGUCUGGGUUGGCAGCUUGGCCUUACCUGCUCUGCGUAAAAUAGGGUUAGAAGAGAAGGAUAUUCGAACCCAUGCUGUUGGGAAGGUUCGCCAGAUAGCUGUAUCAAGGCGUCUCCUUAGGAGUUUACUUGCAGCGUCCUCUUGAGAAGGGACUUUGAGGAACAAAGUUUUCUUUUCGGUAGUCGAGAUACCUUCGAAAUCACGCGAAAAGGGGUACCCUAACGAAGCUUUCCGUGUGAUUUAUAAAUGUCAUAUCGAGCUAACCUAAGUUACUGGGCCAGCGCCUGUUAGCAACAGCAGAAGCGGAUGCCAGCAGGUUAUGAAAACCGAUCUUGUGCGCACAGAAGUACCACUUUCAGGCUCCGCGCCUACAGUGGUCGAAGGUCGACUAACGCUGUAGCUCUCCCCGCGCACUUCCGCUCCCACCCCGUCGCUGCCACUGACUGCUAUUUCCCCCCACCACUUCCCCCACAUUCCCUCAUCCUGCCUGUGUUUUAAGACGAACUUUAAUCGAUUUCUCCUGUCUUACUUCUAUCCCGUUCCCAUGUAAUUGUACUGGCCCGAGGAGAAUUUAUCGAAAGCUACGUACGCUCGCCAACUUAUCUUCUGGGUCCGAGUUACUGAAGCCCCUAUCCUUUGCAUGCAUAGGCGAGCACAUGUCCAACGUAUGCCUGCGUUGAUUUUGUCCGGAUGACCAGUGCGUCCGCGUCACACUUCCGUUCUCAAGCUAUCUUGCCAGUGCAGCAGCGUGGGGGUGGGAAAAUGAAGUGCAUUUGAACAAGCAAAAAUACAAACGCAUUUCAUCUGCAUUCCCAUGGAGUCGCUGCUAUUCAAAAAGCUUAAAGGACAAUCUCCCCGUUGGCAAUGCGUGUUCGUUGUUCUCAACUAAAGGAAGUCAUUGUUAAUGUUCGUGAACCGGCUAAAAAUCGACACAUGACGUAGCCAAGUGUUUGAAGGAAGGUCGGUAGCCCACACCAGUGCGGAUAUUUCGGAAUGUCCUCGAGCGUGGAGCAUAAUUAAUCACGUUCCAGAAUGUUCUCAGAUACUUUAAAGCAAACCGCGCACUUUUACAAGUCAGCAAGUCGGCCAACAAGUCUACCUAGUGGAAACCAGGUGUGCUUUCUCACGAGAAUCGCCGCUCAGUCAUCUCACCCAGCGGCGAUAACGUCAACGAACAGUCGUAAUUGAGGCGCCCUGAACAUUAAGUUCGAGAAGUUCUUGUAUCCACCCCCACACACCCACGUAUCCACACACCCCCCACAUCUUGAACGUUAAUUAAAUACACCGAUUUAGCCGUUCAGUUGAAAAUAAUGAUCAUAGUUUAGCGGGGAAUCUAAAUUAUUGAAAACGACAUUAGUUGGAUUAAAAUCAAUAACAGUUCGAAAAGGGCAGGCAUUUCGUAAAUCUUAAUAAUUGUUACAAAAAAGACAUGUAAGUGUAUGAUAUAGAUUUGCGAAAAAAAUAGAAGAGAUGGAUUAUAUACGCGGAAGUAAGUCUCUCUAUCUUCACGAGCGGAGGCAAUGUGUAGACGAGAUUCACGAGUUCUUUGUUGCUUAUAUAAAAUAGCAUUAGAUAAUGAAGAAGGAAGUGUGUUUGAUAUAAUCGUCAUUAAUUUCAGAGAGAUGAAAUUACUCUUAAGCUCACGAGUCGAAAGACUGGUCAUUCGUCGUAAGUUUAGAACACGUGGCUAUGGAAAAAAGAUCUCCACAGUAAGUCACAGGUCAUUAUUAAAACAAAAGGGUUUUCCCAAGAACUGCUAGCCGCGUAGAAACUAGCUUCUUCUCAUUAAUUGGACUGGAAAAGAAAGAUUGUCAGAGGACAUUUCAAGAUGACGGUGAGCCUCUAUUAAAUGCCUUUAGAUGUGCGAUAAAAUCACCAGGAAGACGAAAGACAUCCCAAAACAUUAUCUUGAUGGUAGUGGGUUGGAAGCACACGGAUGUGACAAAAGACCUCAAGCACAACUUUUCCACUUACCUUCUGCUCAGUUUAUUCUUCAAAAUCGCAAAUUCGGUUGGAUGUGUACUUGAAUUUACUAAGUGGCCUUUAUUUGAAGACGUAAAAAGGUGGAUCCAGCUGAAGGAAUGGCAUUACUUAUCAUUAAAUCUCACCCGGAGUCCUUUUUUCACGACGUCCUAUCAAUUAAACCUAGCUAUUGCAGAAACAACAGGGACGUUUUGCAUACUGAUAACUUAACACUCUCUUUACGAAGGUCCAGGAAACGAAAAGAGUAUGUUCACAAGGUUGAAACCAUGUUCCUUUUUUGUUCUCCUACAGGCCCAAUCCGGCGUAAAGUUUCACAUAUCCGAUAGCAUCGCCUCGGACGAGCUGAACGAGUACCCGUUUCCAGAGCUUUCUCCAAUCACUCCAGUCGUCCACAGCAGCCGUGAUCCAUCUACUCAAAACACGGCCUCUGGAUGUCAUUCCAUCCAUCCUCUCCAAUAUCCGGAAGGCGGCCUGUCUCCGUCCGCCCAAUUCGGAAACCUCGAGGCCAGCACCCACGAACGCAGCCGGCGCAGUCAGACAGUCGCCGAGACAUCACAUUCUGUCCUCUCUUAUGCUCCGUUGCCGCGCUUCAGGAGGAGCGUCGAAACUUCCCCCUUGAUGGCCAGCAAGCACUGCAGCGUCUCCACGCCGACAGGCUUCCCAAAAAUUGUCAUUGAUACGGACGAGGGAUGCCGCGGAGCGCCAAUAGCCAGUCGCAGCACAAACGGCCACGCGAUGGAGGCAUCACUGAGUCCUGCACGCACUCGCAUGUUCCACUCGCACUCCUUCAACGGCCACAUUCCGCUGCCAGCAGCUAAGGAGGAGGAGGAUGAUGGCGACGACGAAGAAGACGACGCGGUUACGUGUGCAAAACCAGAGGAGACGGUCAGGACAUCCGUCGACAUCAAUGUCUCAUCUUCCAGUGCGACAACGACAACAGGCGGACGAGGUUCACAACACUGGCCCACCUGCAGUGAGGCCGCGGCUUCUAGUACUAAUUCCGAAGUGAACUCUGAAACCCAUCUGCGUCCACGAUGGCGGGCUCAACGGCUUCAGCGUCAGGACGAGGUGAGUUGUUUUUUAAAGGACAGCAUGAGCACUUGA